CGGUGUUGCGUGGUGGGUUGCUGCCGUUGUGAAGAGCUUGUUGUCGUUUAGGCCCUUGUCGACAGAGCUCGACCAGUGUUGCGUGGUGGGCUGUUGCCGUCGUGAAGAGGUUGUUGUCGUUUAGGUUGGUGUUGUGGUGGUGGCUUGGUGAACAGUGUCAAAGAGAUGGUGGUGUAUGAGGUAGAUUGGAUUAGAGGGAAAAGAUUAUUUAUAAGGGUAUAUAGGUCAUUAUAAUAUCGCCCUGAGUAUUUUUAUUUCGUCAAAUACUAACUCGCUUUUGUAUUAUUCAUGGAAAUUGCUAAACUAGUGUUCCAAUGUUCCAUAUGAAGUACUUCGUAUUUUUCUUGCGCCAUACUGAAUAGAAAUUCAUCUCCCAUUUUCCCGCGUUACAAUUUCGCCUUCAGUCAUCUUCCUCCCACACUCACUCGCUCUCUUCCUCUCAGCUACUCCAACACACUUUCUCUCUCCUCUUUUCUUCUUCCAAUUUUCUGAAAACAAUGGAUUCAAAGCCAUUUAAGGGUUCAAAUGUGUUCAUGUCAAGAAAUUUAGUACCUCCCGAAGUGUUCGAUUCUCUUCACGAUGCCCUAAAACUCAACGGUGCUACUGUCUUCCUUUGUUGCGAUCCUUCUCGCAAUUCUCCCAACGAUUUUCAUGUCAUCGCUUCCUCUCACCAUGAAAAAUUUGAGGAUUUGAGGGCGAAGAAAUGCAAUUUACUAGGUCCACAAUGUGUUCUUUCCUGUGCAAAAGAGAGGCGAGGGCUGCCUAGGCUAGGUUAUUGCUGUUGUCUUGCUAUGGAUGGUGUUAAAGUUCUUGCAUCCGGCUUUGGGCAAGAGGAAAAGGAAAGAAUAGGAAAGCUAGUGACUGCUAUGAGUGGGAGCUUUACUUCUAAGACUUCCUUGGAUGUUAACUUUAUUAUCGUGAAGAAUGUGAUGGCUGGAAAGUACAAGUGGGCUGCGAGUAAAGAGAAGAAUAUAGUCACUAUUAAUUGGUUGAACCAAUGCUGGGUUGAACACCGUGUCGUUCCCCUAGAACCAUACAGAGUCCCACCCUUCUCAGGAUUGAUCAUCUGUGUCACUAGAAUUCCUGGAGAUGAGCGGAAGGAGAUGGAGAAGCUUAUCAUACAAAAUGGGGGAAAGUAUUCUGCUGAACUGACCAAGCUCUGCACACAUCUAAUUUGUGAAGUUCCCGAAGGUGACAAAUUCAAAGUUGCAAAGAGAUGGGGGAGUGUCUGUAUUGUUGUUCGAAAAUGGUUUGAUCAGUCGAUUGCUAGAAGAAUAUGUCUCGAUGAAGAAGCCUAUUCAGUUCAGAGCCCUUCCAUCUCUUCAGCUUCUGCCUUGAGGAAAAAACUAAUAUCUAAGUCCUGUCAGGACAAGUGUACAAUCAAGUCACAAUCUAUUUUGUCAUCAGUAGCCACAGAUUCAUCUUUGCAAGCUGCUCCAUCUGUGUGGACUACAGAUUCUGAUUUGGAUGUUGCUCAAUCUCAAAAUCUUUCUUCUGGUUGUCAGAAUGUCUCUUUCAUUUCCAAGGAUGAGGAAACUGAACGACAUGAUCUUCCUGGUGAUGCCAAGGAGCUGGAUUGCUGUAUUGCUGAUGAUUCAGAAUCUGAUGAUGGCUUAUACCUAUCGGAUUGCAAAAUUUGUUUAGUUGGUUUUAGUGCUUCUGAUGUGAGAAAACUAGUUAGUAUUGUGCGUAAAGGCGGGGGCUCUCGAUACAUGUCAUGCAGUGAGAGAUUGACACAUAUAGUUGUUGGAGAGCCAUCAGAUGCUGAAAAGAGGGACUUAAGAGGCUUGGCGGCUCAUGGUGUUAUACGUGUUGUUAAACGGAACUGGCUUGAAGAUUGCGAUCGUGAAAGGAAAGAGGUUCCUGUAAUUCAGAAGCACAUUGCUUAUGAUUUACUUCAUUGCAAAGAUUCGAUGACCUUGUCAAGUAAAGCACCAGUUCCUGGUGUGAGCAGUGGUAAACAAGGGGAAGGCUUAAGCAUGCUUUUCAGCCCACCAUCUGCUCCAAGUUCGGGAGCUGUAGGCUCAAUUACUGAUAUCUCACUCGAGAAAAGUGGAGAAGACAUCUUUGAUAUCAACCUGAACAAUAGCCGCUCUACUGAGAGAAGUCAGAGAACAAAGACUUCUCCACGGAGUGCAAAGGCUUCUGCUUCAAAUGACAAAGACACAAGUCAAAUAGAUAAAUUACACAAUGGAAAGUCUAUACACGUAUUCAUCGGGAAGCGUUUUGGUUUUUCACUUUCUUUCCCUGAUGAUCAGAGAGGUGAGGUUGUUCAAUGGAUAAAUCAAGGUGGAGGUGAGGUAGUAGAUGAUCAGACCAUAAUUGAUGUGGACUUCACCAUUGAAUGCCAUGGUGUGCUUGACAGACCAACCAACACUUUGCAAACUACUUAUGUGUCAAGUCACUGGAUUCGGUCUUGCCUAAAGGAUGGACGUUUGCUAGAUGCUGAUAGUCACAUACUUUUUUCUCCACUUCCCUGUCGGGUUCCCUUGCCUGGUUUUGAGGGCUUACGGUUCUGUGUAUCGCAAUAUCCGGAGAAAGAGCGAAUGCUUUUGCGCAAUUUGUGUUUUGUCCUUGGUGCUAAGUUCGCGGAGAAACUUACAAGGAAGGUUACUCAUCUGUUAUGCAAAUUUGCCAAUGGCCCCAAAUAUGAAGCUGCCGGCAAGUGGGGAGUACGUCCAGUUAGAUGCGAGUGGCUUUAUGAGUGUGUCAGGAUGAAUGACAUUGUUUCGCUAGAUAAUUUCCAUCCAGAAGAAGUUCCUCAACAUCCUGAGGCAGGGGUUUGCACUGUGACACAGUAUCCUACUCAAGCUGCUACAUUUAUCUCUAUGGAUAAUUCGUCACAGUUCUCAAGUCAGUCCCAGGAUUUGAGAAAGGAAAAUACCAUACAUUCUAGUAAAAGGCUAAGGUUAUCGGAAUCAAAGCGCAUUUCUGAUCAGGAUGAUAAAACGCAUAUAAAUUCUGCAGCUGUGGAGAUUCGUAGCAAUGCUAAAGAAAAUGGUCAAAGCGUUCCUGAUGUUGCUGCUGCUAUAGAGGACUUAUUGGAGCAAACAAGCAAGAUUCAGGAUCUAAAGUCACCAGUUAGUAGAGAGUGUGAAACAAAUAUUUAUUCUUCUGACUGUUCAAUUCUCGUUAGAGAUCAUUCAGGUUCUCACUCUGCGUUUGGGCCUUCAAGACAUUGGUUAAGCAGUCUAGGGAAGGACCUUCACGAUGCUUCUCGAGAUCUUAACACAGGCAAUAAUGAUGGAUUUACUGAAACACAAGAUUCUCAGUUGGUUGGUUAUGAAGAAGAUCUAAGUGGCAGACAAUUGUUGUUGGACAAAGCUCGAACCAUAAGUAGUAGCAUGACUUGAAUAUCUCUACUGACUGAAUGAGAAGGAAUGGAGCAGGGCUAUGUUCUGGUAGGGAAUGCUUAAGAUGUCACUGAAAUCAUGGCCUUGCAGGGGGAAACUUAAAUAGGUUUCCCUUCUGCAGAAUUGAAUUUCAGAUUGUCUGACACUCUGACUUGAUAAAAUCAUUACAUUGGAAUGGAGCAUUUGUGUCCAGUGAUCAUCAUUUUCGACAGUUGGUUAAGCCUUUUCAAGGGUCUGGUGAGUUACAGAGAAGUGCAGCAGAUAACAGCAGCUGGACAUCAUUUUGUUUCUCCCGGAUAUGACUUGCAUUCUUGGAAGCUGGAAUCAAAAGCUGCUGAUUCACAUGUUAGUGAACGGUUAUUACUGAUACAGGCUGCUAUAAAUAUGCAUUGUGAUUCGGUUUCUGAAAUGCAUUUGCUUGUUGCCCGGAAAUUCCAAUCUUUCUCAAGCAUUGCUUAUUUGUACAUGGGAUUCUGUAUAUGCUGUGGCUAGGGUUGUUUGUAAAUACUCCGUAAUAACUGUAUAUUAAUAUAAUAACUGUACACUAGUGUAAUGUGUAGCCUUUAUGCUGUAUGAAGGAGGUUGCAUUUUGGAGUAGUGCCAGACGAUUGCAUGAGCUUUGUGUUGCGUUUUGUUCCUUGACCUUCGUUUCCCUUAAAUAUUGUAUUUGCUUGGUAAUCUUUGUACAAAUUAUACAAAAAAUAGUUCAUCUGAGCCACCACAAGGGACUAAUUAUUUGAUGACUUUAUUAAGAGCUAGGCACGAGCUAGUCUUGU